AUCGUCUGUCUGUCUCUCUGUCUAGCGGCAACACGACCUAAAACACUUCAUUGGAUUUGACCCGACCGACGCGACCAGUUUUGAAGGGUAAUUUCCCUAUGCUUUCUUUCUAUCUGUUCAGACGGUUCAUGUGAGGCUUUUCUCGUCUCUUUACAGACAUUGUUGCGGAAUCUCUGAUUGAUAAGAUCGUAUAGUAAUUUCUCUUGUUAGUGUUGAUUUCUGCUAUGCAAAGAUGGGGAAACGACUAUGAAAAGGGGUUUUGUGUUUGGCUGAAGUUCCGAAAUCGCUAGCUAGCUAGGCAUAUUUAUGGCUGGGGAGCUUGUAAGCGUAUUUGAAGAUGCAUCUAUUCUUCUAACAGACCAUAAUCUGGUAAUAGGUCAAGAGUUUCCUGAUGUCGAGACAUGUAGAAGAACACUAAAAGAUAUCGCCAUUGCCCUUCAUUUUGACCUAAGGAUAGUGAAAUCAGAUCGUAGCAGGUUUAUAGCUAGAUGCUCAAAAGAAGGUUGUCCAUGGCGUAUACAUGUAGCUAAAUGUCCUGGCGUUGCCACCUUUACUAUAAGAACCCUUCACAGUGAACAUACUUGUGAAGGGGUUAGAGACCUUCAUCAUCAACAAGCAUCUGUUGGAUGGGUUGCCAGGUCGGUUGAAGCUAGGGUUCGUGAUAAUCCACAGUACAAACCAAAGGAAAUUCUAGAGGAUAUUCGAGAACAACAUGGAGUUGCAGUUUCGUAUAUGCAAGCUUGGCGUGGAAAGGAAAGAAGUAUGGCUGCUCUUCAUGGGACUUUUGAGGAAGGCUAUGGCUUUCUUCCUGCAUACUGUGAACAGAUUAAAAAGACUAAUCCAGGAAGCAUUGCAUCCGUUUUCUCUACUGGAUUGGAUAACUGUUUCCAUCGAUUAUUCGUUUCUUUUCGAGCUUCGAUUUAUGGGUUUAUCAAUGCCUGCAGGCCGCUUCUGGAGCUCGACAAAGCAAAUUUGAAAGGGAAAUAUUUAGGUUCUUUACUCUGUGCAGCCGCCAUUGAUGCAGAUGGAGCUCUGUUUCCUUUAGCUGUGGGAGUUGUUGAUGUUGAAAGUAACGAUAACUGGAUGUGGUUCAUGUCCGAACUCAGGAAGCUUCUAGGACUCAAUACCGAAAAUAUGCCUAGACUAACCAUUCUAUCGGAAAGACAACCCGGGUUAGUUGAGGCAGUUGAAACCCAUUUCCCAAGUGCCUUUCAUGGGUUUUGUCUACGUUAUAUAAGCGAGAAUUUCCGUGAUACUUUCAAAAGCUCCAAAUUGGUUAACAUAUUCUGGAACGCAGUUUACGCGCUCACAUCAGCUGAGUUUGAAACAAAAGUUUCCGAAAUGGUGGAAAUUUCGCAAGAUGUAAUCCCUUGGUUUCAACAAUAUGCCCCUCAGCUAUGGGCGGUUGCGUAUUUUGAAGGAGUUCGUUACGGUCAUGUUACAUUAGGGAUAACUGAGAUUUUGUAUAAUUGGGCAUUAGAAUGUCACGAACUUCCAAUUGUGCAGAUGAUUGAACAUAUUCGUAAUCAAAUUGUGGUUUGGUUUGAAGAACGACGAGAUAUGGGUAUGAGGUUGACUUCUAUUGUUGUUCCGUAUGCGGAGAAGAAGAUAUUCGAAGCGAUUGCGGAUGCUCGUUGCUAUCAAGUACUUAGAGCGAAUGAAGUUGAGUUUGAGAUUGUUUCGAGUGAGAGGACGAACAUUGUUGAUAUAAGGAGUCGAGUUUGUUCGUGUAGGCGUUGGCAGAUUUAUGGUUUGCCUUGUGCACAUGGAGCAGCUGCUCUGAUUUCAUGUGGGCAGAAUGUUCAUAAAUUUGCAGAGCUUUGUUUUACUGUUGAUAGUUAUAGGGAGACUUAUUCGCAGAUGAUUAAUGAAAUUCCUGAUAAGAGUUUGUGGGGAGGAGAUGGAGGUGCGGAAGGUUCUAAUAAGAUGGUUGUUGAAAAUGCUAUUCGACCACCUAAAACUAGAAGGCCACCAGGAAGGCCUAAAAAGAAGGUUCUUCGGGUAGAGAAUUUGAAGAGACCGAAGAGAGUUGUUCAAUGUGGCCGGUGUCAUUUGUUGGGACAUUCUCAAAAGAAAUGCACAAUGCAAAUUUGAUUACUUACUCUAGUACUUAACUCUCAAGAUUCUUAUAAGCUUUUUAAUGAUAUUCUCUGUCAGAUUUCUUUUGUUGUUGAUUGGUUUGUAAGCCUGGUAUAUGAUUUGUUCAUCAAUGCACACUAUCAUUUGGUUUUCCAUGAAUGCAAACAAGCAGGUUUCUUUCA